UUCCGCGGGCCCGGUGGUUCGGCCCGUGCAGCCCGCACCCGUGCCCCUCGCCCAGCCCGAUGGCUCCGCGGCCGCUGAGCCCCUUGGUGCUGGCGCUGGGCGGCGCCGCGGCCGUGCUGGGCUCAGUACUCUUCAUCCUCUGGAAGGCCUACUUCGGGCGCGGAGGGGAGCGGCGCUGGGACCGGGGCGAGGCCUGGUGGGGCGCGGAGCCUGCCCGCCUCCCUGAGUGGGACGAAUGGGACCCUGAAGACGAGGACGACGAAGAGCCAGCGCUGGAGGAGUUGGAGCAGCGCGAGGUGCUGGUGCUGGGGCUGGAUGGCUCGGGGAAGAGCACGUUCCUGCGCGUGCUGUCCGGGAAGCCUCCGCUGGAAGGCCACAUCCCCACCUGGGGCUUCAACUCUGUGCGGCUGCCCACCAAGGACUUCGAGGUGGACCUGCUAGAGAUCGGUGGCAGCCAGAACCUACGCUUCUACUGGAAGGAGUUUGUGAAUGAAGUAGACGUGCUGGUGUUCAUGGUGGACUCGGCUGACCGGCUGCGGCUGCCCUGGGCCCGGCAGGAACUGCACAAGCUACUGGACAAGGACCCUGACCUGCCUGUCGUUGUGGUGGCCAACAAGCAGGACCUGAGUGAGUCCAUGAGUAUGGUGGAGCUGCAGGAGGAGCUGGGCCUGCAGGCUGUCGAUAGCCAGCGGGAGGUUUUCCUCUUGGCAGCCAGCAUCGCCCCUGCAGGACCCGGCUUUGAAGACCCCGGCACCGUGCAUAUCUGGAGACUGCUCUUGGAGCUUCUCUCCUAGGCUGCCCCCGCCCCCUCACUCGCCAGCCAACCCUGGAGACCCCAGUCCCGCCGCUCCUGCUUCCCGCUGCCAGCGUGGGCCCGAGGCAGAAGCCAUGUGGCAGCACGUCCUUUCUCUCCACCCGCCCUCCAGAGCAGGGCCUGGGCAAGGCCAGGAACCACACAGAAGCCUUCCUGGUGCAGUGGCCGUGAGGCCGAAGUGGGGAGUCAGGUGAGGC